AAACAGAAAUUUGGGACUACAAUGCCGCAACAGCCGCCGAAACCAACAGAUAUACAAGUGUGGAAGUAUCUUCUGCGUACGAUCUGGUUCACAGAAACACGGGAAGGAGAGGAGGCAGCCAGAGACUUCUCUUAAUCACGCACCCAGGACAACUCCAUCUGACCUCACUUCCUCUUCCUCCAUCUAUGGCUUUUCUUCUGUGCUUUUGACCUCGUGUAGUUCAAUUUCUUCUGCUAGUGUGCAAUUUGAGAAAUAUUUUUUUGCCCUCUUCUUUCAAUCAAUUUCUAAAUGGCUGAUGUUUUUCAAUCAACGUCUUUUCACUCACUUCGUUUGUCUUCUUCACUGCUCACCUCCUUCUCCUCUACCUUGAAUUCUCUACAACCGGCUCUCCCACCAACUCGGAAUAAUAACAAUUCAGUUAAAAAGAUUUACCCUUUAGUAUAUUCUUCUGCUGGAGAUGCUUCUCGCUUCGCUCCCACACCCAGGAAGCAAUUGCUUUCUUUUAAGGUACACGCAACCAUUGCUGAAACUGACCAGCCAAAAUGGUGGGAAAAGAAUGCAGGACCAAAUAUGAUUGACAUUCAUUCUACACAAGAAUUUUUGAGUGCCUUAAGUCAAGCAGGAGAUAGAUUAGUUAUUGUUGAAUUUUAUGGAACUUGGUGUGCAUCAUGCCGAGCGUUAUUUCCCAAGCUCUGCAGGACAGCUGAAGAACAUCCUGAGAUUUUGUUCCUUAAAGUGAAUUUUGAUGAAAACAAGCCUAUGUGCAAAAGUUUGAAUGUUAAAGUGCUUCCUUACUUCCACUUCUAUCGCGGUGCUCAUGGACAGUUGGAAUCAUUUUCAUGUUCGCUUGCUAAGUUUCAAAAAAUAAAAGAUGCAAUUGCAAUGCAUAACACAUCCCAAUGCAGCAUCAGUCCACCAAAGGGUGUCGGGGAGCUUACUCUUGAAUCUUUGUCUACUCCAAAAGACAAGCCAGCAGGAUCAGCAUGAAUAUAGGAGCAUUUGUCUAUAUAACAUGAGUUGUGCUGUAUGUUAAUGAACUUCAAUCAUUAGGUAUCACUGUUAUUCUGUAUAUUUUCAUUGUAUAAGAAUCUAAGGAAAAGUUGUCAUCCUACUCUCAUUCUUUGUCAUUCUUCUGUCUGUGAUGUUUGUAACUUUAAAACUCUUAUUGGAAAUGAAAUUUAACGUCAUUAGUAUUUUUUAGUA